AUGGAUGAGGACCAGAUUUGGCUGAGUGAAGAGGAGGAAGAAGAGGAGGGCAACUCCGUCGGUCCUACAUUCUUUAGUCUUGCCCUGACCUUACAAGACCAGCCUGGAGGAUACCAUGUCCGCAAUCGUCCAGGCCAACGCCAGCGGGCGGCAGUCUCAGUCAUUCGGGGAGGGUCAGGAAGGAAGCCUGUCUUCACGGUGUCUUGCAACGCCAAAGUCAUGAUCCACGGCACAAUGGGACCCUCUACGCAGAAACCGGCAACACUUCUCGUCUACGAGUUCAAGUUCAAUUCGUACCGAGGGAAGCGCAUCAAAGAAGCUGACAUUACCUUCGAGUUCCGCCCGAGGGAGGGAAAGCCUGGCGGUCCGUCCGUGAAACAUGUCUGGCCGCAGGGACUGUACAAGAUGGAGGAGACAACCCAGAAGGAUACAUCAGAGUGGGGGGCGGGAAUAGCACCCAAGUUUGCCGCCAUCGAUCCCGGAGUUAACAUGACGUGGAAAGGGUCGAUUGACAAGGAAUCGAAGCAUCACACAGUUGUCUCGGGAGAUAACCCUCAAGACCCGGACUGGGGUGACUUCUUCCAGGCUCGCUUCUUCCUGUCGGAAAACAAAUCGCAGUCGAGUGGCAUCCCCAACAAAUUCACUGCGUGCAUUCUGCUCCAGCGACCCGACGACGCGGACUUCGAGUGUGUUCCUUAUAUCACGGUGACACCUGCUUUCUCGACCAUGGUAGCGUCUUUGUUUUCCAAUAGGCCUCCGGAUGACCCGAUUGUGUUCAGCAUCGGGGAGGAUCCCGUUAACGAGACCGACCCCAGCGUGGAAAUUGUAAGGGAAAACCUCGCAGCUACCCAGUUUGAGAAGUUGUGGGGAUGUACCUUGUACACACAAUAUGAUGAAGCUGUGAAGGGAAGGAAGUAG